GUUCGCUGAAAAAAUGUGUCCCUCCUUCUUUGAAAAGCAAUUUAGUUCCGCUUUCUUCAGAGCUUUAACGUACAAUUUCUUUUUAGAUUUUUAGAUAAAUUUAACAAGAUAAAUAUUAACAAUAUAAACUGAAAAACAUACUACACAUUUUAACUUAAAUAAAUUAAAUAAUGUAAAUAGCUCAAUAAAAUGAAUACAUUUAAUUAAUUUAAUUUAAUUUAAAUUUAGUUUUAAAAAGGAAAAAAUAAAAUUAAAAUGUGUCAGAGCAUAUACAGUCCUGUUCAGAAGUUUGGGAUCAGUAGGGUUUCUGAUGUAUUUAAAGAAUUCUGUUCUGUUCAUCAUGGUUGCAUUUGGUAAUAACAGUAAUAUUGCAAAAUAUCAAUACCAUUUAAAAUCAGAUAUAAAUUAUUUAUGCGGUGCAAAGCAGGACUUUCAUCAGACAUUCGUUUUAUUCAUCAACAAAUCCUUAAAAAAUUAUCACAUGAAGAAAAAGUGUUUCCACCAUUGAUAAUAAAUUGACAUAAUAGAAUGAUUUCUGAAAGAUCAUGUAACACCGAAGACUGGAAAUUCAGCUUUGGUCACAGCAAUACGUUAUAUUUUAAAGUAUAUUAAAAUAGAACAACAUUAUUUUAAAUUUCAAUAAUACUUCACAAUAUUACUACUAGUUUGAUGAAAUUAAUGCAGCCAUGAUGAGUAGAAGAAACUACUUAAAAAAAACCCAUUACAAGUCGUACUGAUACCUAACUUUUGAACAGCAGUGUACAACUUAACGUUAACGUACUUGUUAGUUGCUUUAACAUUUAGUGCCACUCUAUAUGGCUCUGGUGCCACCCAGUGGCUAACUUAGUUCUGUCUAGUGCUUUAGAACCUAAACAUUAGAAAAAUAAACAAUACAAUAUAUUUGUAUGUAAAUUAUUUUUAAACACUUAAAAAAAAAAACUUAAUUAUUAUUGUUUCCCCCACUUGUUUCGCCCCGUUAUUUUGACGACUCUGCUUGAUGGGAACGAGCAGCAGUUGUCAUAGCAACUGGAAACAACAAAACGAAACUUUUGCAGCGUGACGAAGUUGCUCGAAGUCUUUCAAAGCAUACAAAAACAUAGAAUUUGAAACAUUUGUUUAAAUUUUCUUGACACUUCCACAUUGUAGCCAUGAUUCUCCCGACUGACUCCUUGCUGAAGUAUGAUAAUCCGGUGCUGGUGAGCAAGAAUACAGAGAGGAAGUCUCCAAGGAGUCGCCCUUUGAAAGUGAGUCCCCAACAGAUGGUAGAGAGCGGGCCAGUGCCACCUCCACCCAAACCCAAGAGCCCCACAGCGGAGGCCAGCAAACAGCAAACCGAAGAGAUCCUGAAUGCCAUUCUACCACCAAGGGAAUGGACGGAGGAGAACCAGUUGUGGGUGCAGCCGGUGUCCAGCACUCCAUGUACACGCAUGGAUGUCAUACAUUUGCAAGAACAACUGGACAGAAGCCUGCAGGCAAGGCAGGCCAGAGAGACGGGUAUCUGCCCUGUGCGCAGAGAGCUCUACUCUCAGUGCUUCGAUGAGUUAAUCAGACAGGUCACCAUUAACUGCGCUGAGCGGGGUCUCCUGCUGUUGCAAGUAAGAGAUGAGAUUCGCAUGACCAUCGCUGCCUAUCAAACACUGUAUGAGAGCAGUGUGGCCUUUGGCAUGAGGAAAGCACUUCAAGCAGAGCAUGGGAUGGCUGACAUGGAGAACAAGAUUUUAGAGUUAGAGAGUGAGAAGCGAGAUUUGGAGAGGUUGUUGAACGAGCAGAAGGCUAAAUGUGAGGCCAUUGAGAGGCGGGAAGCCGAACGGCGGGAAAUUGAGGAAAAGAAGCAUGCCGAAGAGGUCCAGUUCCUCAAACGAACUAAUCAACAACUCAAGGCACAGCUGGAGGGCAUAAUUACCCUGAGGAAUAAGGCUUAAAUAUUAUUAGAAUAAUAAAACACUGAACACUGUUUCAAUGAAUAAAACAUUUAUUAAAGCAUCUGUUCUGAGUAUUUUUUCCCCCGCCAAAUUAAAGAAAAAGAACAUAUGUAGAUACACAGAAACAUGAUCCACAUUUCAACACUGCAGAAUCAGCACACUGACUUAGGUUAAAAAGCUUUGAAUAUGCACAGUACUGAAAUGAAUUAGUUUUAGUCAU